GGAACUUUAGAUCAAGUAUGGAUCUCUCUCUGUCGUACUAGGAUCAGAUGUCAAUGUCAUGCGACAUAUGUUGAUGUCCGAAUCAAAAUGAGGAAGAGAAAAAAGAUGUGUCUCUUGGCGCUCCGCCGCGAUCGUCAUGACAGGCGAUUUAAGUCUCUGACGACAAUAGCUUGGUUACUCGCCAACAGCGAACCUGCUGCGGCGAACGCAAAUGACGAUAUUCAUCGCCAGAAAACCCUUAAUGACAUCGCGUCAUUGGGUGGUCAAACUGCAUAUGACCAACGCGAAAACAUACGGAAUCAAGAAGAGCGAAACGAUCGUAGGUAUGCGAGGCAUGACCAUGUCUGGCUGAGAAACACUUUCAUGGUCAAGACGAGAUUGGCCGUUUCUGCGGUAGACCUGUUGGGGGACAAAGAGCCCGGAUCGGAUGGAGGAGAUGACAAAGGAGCAUUAGCGGGUAAACAAGAAGCUCAAGCCUGUUCAAGAACGAGUAUUUCUUCAGCAUUGGUACACUUUGCUGAGACAGCUGUUCCGAACGUCAUCGACAAGGUCUUUGCAGUAUGGGAUCUGGUAGACACCGAUGGGACAAGGCUGCAAGCCGCUGCAGAGGCAAUAUACAACGCGAUUGCAGUACUAGGCGAAUAUUCGACGGCAAUAGAGGAAACGCAGGAACAUGCGGAGCAUCAUCUUGGUGUAGUAACUCAGUUGCGGGAGAUAAUAGCGGGUGACGCGUUUGGAGCAAUGGCUUCGCAAAUGAGACAAAUCCGAUCUGAUUGGCAACAGGAGACGCAAGAGUUUCUUGGAAAGCUGGAGAAAAAGUCUGGAGGUGGUCUUACAAUUGUACAUCAAAGGCAAUCCCUAAACGACCUCAUUUUGCAGCCUCUAACGACAUGGAUUGAGCGAUUGGCUAGCGCGCUUGAUUCGGACACACCAUUCAACGCUUUGCAAACGGGACAUCGGAGAAAGCUGCCAAGUACCGAUCACGAUGGAGACGAAUCGAAGACUGAUGUACCAACAUUAUCACCACACGAGUUCCUGAGCCUCCCUGAACUCUUACCAGACAUGUUCUUGCAAUGCCAUAAAAACAUGCUCCUCGUUGCGAUAUAUACUAGGGAAAAAGCACAACUAGGAGAUGGCGGAGAACGCAGUAUUUUUAAUCAAGCUCAAGUACAAGAAACUAGUAACCAGAUAACUCACCAAUGCGCUGUGACAAGCAUCUACCGCUAUUUCUUCUACGCGACUUCGACUAGCUUUCGAGCAGAAUCUUGGAAUACCUUUGUAGCGAUGACAAGGGCAUUGUAUGCGAAGUACUUUCCUAUUAUCAUGGUGAAGAGGCAGGACCAGGAGCGCGAUCGUCCUCUGGUGGCCUCGGGUAUUGUAAAAUCACAUUGGCACACUCAUAGUCCACAACCGUUGAUGAGGAUGCCAAUGCUCUGCACGCUGAUUGAAAAAUUGCGGACAAAACGUGGAGGAAGGAAGAUUUAUGUCCUACAUACAUAACAUGAUCAUGAAAUAUAUUUAUAUAAAGCAUAGCAAGGAGCAGAAGCACAAGCUGAUGCAGCUAUAUUAGCUGGAAGAAGUCGUCAGGAACAUCUUCAGCACUUUUUUUUUGGAUUCAAAUCGUCAUCAUGCUUUCGGCUCUUGUUCCUCUAACCGGCACUAGUAGCCGAAAUCGGAGUCUUCCUAGGCGAAACAACGGCUCGACUACUGAAACACUGUGGUCCGGUUCACGUCGUUGCGGUAGAUCCGUUUUUAACGGAAGCAAGCGACCGUUACAUUGCAAGUGAGCCGAAAACUAUAGAGAAAAUGAGAGCCAAGAGUGGUGCCGACAAAGUAAGGAAAAAAAUCGUGGAUACAGUACCAGACGCAGAGGAGGUGGUACUGGACUCUAGCACUCUAGUUUUCCAAGAGCUGGGAACGGCUUUGAUAGGAAGCAAGAGCAACGUGACAUCAACCUUCACGAUCAUUCCGAAGCCGAGUGUCGUUGCCGCAGGAAUGCUUAGACGUGGACUUGUGUUAUGGAGCGAAUAAUUGUGAAUUGUGAGGCCUCUAGUCGGCCGUUUGAAGAGAAUUUGACCAGCACAUCAUAGUACAGAUACUUUGAUGACAGUCGGUAACCUGUUUGAAAAAGAAUCCUAGCCUAUAACUAUUUGCACAACUACAAGUAUUCCUCUAAUCUCACGCCCCCUCGCUACUAGUGCCCCAACAUCAACUGCAACAAGUGAGAGCCACACGACCGAUGGUAACGACGUCAUUGCCUUCGAUCUCAUCUUCAUCGAUGGUGAUCACACAUAUGAAGGAGUGAGUGAGGAUCUUGCUGUGUGGCCGAACCUAGUCCGUCCUGGGGGCAUCGUUGCAGGCCAUGACAUUGAUUGGGUUCCUGUGUCAGCAGGGGUAGAAUUAAGGCUCAACUUUCAUUGGUCAUAGAGGUUGGUCACUGAAAUCGAAGAAGGCCCCCUGGAGAGAACAUACAAGGGAAAAUGAAGGGAAAGGGGAGAGCCUUGGAGGGGGUCGCUUCCGUUCCGAGUCAUGAUGACCAAGGAAUGCUGAGCUUUAAUAGAAGCAGUGUUUAAGGAACAACUAGAAGAGAAGGGUUACGCAGAGCUGCGACGAGUUAUUUCGGAGAAAUACACGCUGCCGGGAGAGAGUGCAAGACUUAUGAGUAGACAGAAAGUGUUGUUCAAGACUGCAUCCUCAACUCUAUUGAAGUGCAAGACUUAUGUUGAGGCUCAAGAAGUAGAUGAAAAUUUUCAUUUGAAGGGGGCUCUUGCUGAGAUCAGUUGAAGGUUGUAUCUACUUCGUCUUCAGAGCAGAAACAUCAGCAGCAGAAUGAAUGUACUUUUUAGCAGUCUCUAAGAACCUCGCACCUCACCCCUCCCCGAUUUUCCCAGUGUGGGAAGCUCUUUCCGACUACAUCACGAUGAGCCAAAGGCCGCGGUUUGACGGUCCUCGACCACCGAAGUUGGAACUUCAUGUUGCCCAUGAUAACGUUUGGUGGAUCGAAUACAGUGACGAGGACGAGAAGUGGUGAGGAUAAUAACGUUUGGUGGAUCGAAUACCGUGAGGACCAAGAGAACAAGAGAGGAAGCUUUUGAGGACCUUUAUUUUGUCUAGUAAGUGGGAGUGACUCAAUGAUUGCGAUUAACUGACUGUGACUCAACAACGACCAGGUGGUGUAAAGAAAAACUGUAAGAAAUUUGAAUUUGUCCUUUGACGAGAUCAUCAACAACUACGAGAACGUACUCGUACGAGAGAUGUAAACGUAAAGGAAAUCUUCUGAGACAAGUUUGUUAACAUACGAGGAGGUCAAUCUUAGGGAGAGACGUGAAGCCUUGUUGAUCUACAGGGUUUAUUCCUCAACAUGUUCG